UCGGCUGUUCACAUUCCCAGAUAGAAGUACCUAGAAAAUAACGGUUUAUCGAUUCAUCGCAUCGGACAGCAUGGCCUCUGGUGUCACAGUCAGUGAUGAAGUCAUUAAAGUCUUCAAUGAUAUGAAGGUCCGGAAAUCCUCGUCCUCAGACGAGGUGAAAAAGCGCAAAAAAGCAGUGCUGUUUUGCCUGAGCGACGACAAGAAGAAGAUCAUCGUGGAGGAGGGCAGGCAGAUUUUAGUGGGAGAUAUUGGAGACAGUGUUGACGAUCCUUACGCCUGCUUCGUGAAGCUCCUUCCGCUCAACGACUGCAGAUACGGCUUAUAUGAUGCCACUUAUGAAACCAAAGAGUCCAAGAAAGAAGACUUGGUAUUUAUAUUUUGGGCCCCUGAAGGUGCACCAUUAAAAAGCAAGAUGAUUUAUGCUAGCUCAAAAGAUGCCAUUAAGAAGAAGUUUACAGGUAUUAAACACGAAUGGCAGGUGAACGGUUUAGACGACAUUCAGGACCGCUCGACUCUGGCAGAGAAGCUGGGAGGAAAUGUGGUGGUAUCGCUGGAGGGAAGACCAUUGUAGAGCGAGCCGCCAUGUGCCAUCUGGAUUCCACACGCUUUCAUCUCAGCAGCUGUCUCUAUCGUUUCAUCCUGGAGGAAUAGGCCUAUCGUUUCUUUUUAUUUCUUUUCCUUUUCUUUUGUUUUUACAUUUAACAUUAAGGAGAUCUCAUUAACACACAGUUGAAGUCAGAAUUAUCAGCGCCCCUGUAUAUUUUUCCCUACUUUCUGUUUAACGGAGAGAAGAUUUUGUCAACACAUUUCUGAACAUAAAAGUUUUAAUAACUCAUUUCUAAUAAUUUAUUUAUUUUAUUUUUGCCGUGAUGACUGUCAGGGGUGCUGCUAUGUGGGGGAAAUGUAAUGUAAUGUGUAUUUAUAUAGUGUAAUUUUCAAAUGUGGCCAUACACCCAAAGCGCUUCACAAUCAUGAGGGAGGUCUCUCCACCCCACCACCAGCGUGCAGCAUCCACUUGGAUGAUGUGAUGGCAGCCACAGGACAACGGCGCCAGUGCGCUCACGGCUCACCACACACCAGCUAUAGGGGGAGUUGAGAGAUAGUGAUAGAGCCAAUUCGGUGGGAUGGGGAUGAUUGGGAGGCCAUGAUGGAUAAGGGCCCCUUAUUUACUUUCAUCUGCGAGAACCAGCCCCUCCACAUCCCCGUUCCUCACUUUUGGCCGCAACAAUCUACCAGCCCCCCGCCAUUCACUUUCGUCCACAAGAACCCACCCACCCUACACCCCCGCACACUUCACUUUCUUCUGCAAUGACCCCCCAAUACUAUUCACUGUAAUCCACGACUACCCCCCCACCCCCCACCACUCUCGUCCUUCACUUUCAUCUGAGGGAACUCACACACCCCCGCUCUUCACUUUUGUCCGUAACAAUACCCCUCAUCCCCAUACAAGACUAUUUACUUUGGUCCGCGGCAACCUCCCGACCACUGCCUCCUCAGUCUUUACUUUAGUAUGUGAGAAUCACCACCACGACCCCCGCUCUUCACUUUCAUCCGCAACAAGCCCCCCCCAAGACUAUUCAAUUUCAUCUGCGACAUCCCACCCAGCACUCCCUCUCCCCCUUGCUUUUCACUUUCGUCCGCAAUGACCCACCCUAACUCCCGCUCCUUUUAACUUUUGUCAGCACCACCAUCGAAUAUUUUUCUAGAUAUUUAUUAACAUACAAGUAUUUAGCUUAAAGUGCCAUUUAAAGGCUUAACUAGGUUAAUUAGGCAGGUCAUUGUAUAGCGAUGGUUUGUUCUGUUGACAAUCGAAAAAAAAUAAUAGAGCUAAUAAUAUUGACAUUAAAAUGUUUUUUAAAAAAUUGAAACUAACCGAAAUAAAUCUAAUAAGACUUCCAGCAGAAGAAAAAAUAUUAUAGGAAAUACCGUGAAAGAUUCUAUGCUCUGUUAAACAUCAUUUGGGAAAUAUGAGAAAAAAUUUACAAGGAUUGCGAAUAAUUCUGACUUCAACUGUUUGCAAAACAUAAAUCUACCAAUAAGAUUGGUCACUUUUGUACCUCCCCCGUCUCCCUCUGUGCAUUUUUUUUUUUGCCAAACUCAAAUGAUCACAUCUAUUAUAUGAACAGUAGCUCAGUCUAUAUUUGAUGAUGUAUUUACAGAGGUAUUUUAUUAUGCUGUACGUUAAUGCCUCACAGCAAUGCAUUAACCAGAGACAAGCACUUUACAAGUCUGAAUCUAUUUAUUGAACUCUCUAAUGUUUCGAACACGUAAACUCUAUGCAGAUAAACAACGCACUUUUACUCUAGCAUUUGAAGGAGGACUUUGGGAUUUCUGUCGUCCGUCAAUUUCGUGAUAGAAGUUACCACAGUUUUCAUUCCUGUUACGCAUAUGGACACAAACAGAUGGGUUCGAACUCUGCCAUUGCAGCCUUUGAUUCAAACACACGCCGCAGAGCGUCUGCUUGGAAAGUGUUUGUUUUAUUUUUUUGUUUUGUUUUUUGACACUACAUGACAACAGAAAUACAUUAUUAUGUGUAAAGAUGACGGCCUGAAGUGAAGCAUUGUUUGUGAGAUCGAGGAAGGUGCCACUUUGAAAUAAAAUCCUGUGGCAGAAUUCUUGGAUGGGUUUUCUUGGCUCGGUUGACUGCUGUGGUCGUUUCAUCCGGGUGUCACUCCAGCGAUGUGAUAUGUCUGACAUGUGUUCGCUUUGCUCGUCAACAUGACCCUCGUUUGAUGGAGCUUCUCAAUUAAAGAUAUUUAUGUUUGCCA